CAUGCACGGGCCAAGACCAGGCUCCCAACUUCCAGGAGGACAUUGUCCGAGCAGCCAACCUCGCCAUCGAGCUCUGAACAUCGUCCAUACCGAUCACUGCCCCUGACGACUUCCCUAGCGCCAGCCGCCCCGAACUUCAAAGCUCGAGUCACGAUGGCGGAGAACAUCCAGCCUGGAAUCGGCGCCGGCGACCGGCAGGCUGCCCUCACGGAAUACAACCGGCAGCGCCAGACCCUGAAGGAGCUCCUUUCUAAGCGGAAGCAGCAAGAACGGCACCUCCACCAGCUGGAGCAGAACAUAGCCGAAAUCGAGACUAAAUACCUAGCCAACUCUCGUCUCGGGAACAUCGUGAAGGGCUUCGAAAACUACAUCAAGGGCACUAGCUCUGCUGCCCAGCGCAAGCAGGGCGAGGUGAAGGACGAGGACUACAUCUGGUCGCGAUCGUCGAUUUCCUACAACGCUAAUAACACCGAGUAUUCCGACAGCCAGUCAGCGACGUCGACGCCGGCGGCGCCGACGCCGGUGUCGACCACGUUUGCCAACAGCCACAAGGACAAGGACGGCGGCUCCAACCAGCCGACACCGACGUCGGCGACGGCCGAGAAGGGCCCGGGCAAGGCGGGCAAGGCGGGCAAGAAGCGGACGACGGCGCAGGCGCGGAAGGACAAGGACGCCGACGCGGACGACAGCGAGACAGACUCCCGCGAGACGAAGAAGGCCCGCACGCACUUCGGCGCGACGCGGAAGUAGAAAGCCGUCGGCGUGGACGUCUGCCGCGGGGGAAUCUGCUUCUCUUUUUUUCGCGUCCUUGCCGUCUACGUCGUCGUCCAUCACGCGCAUACGCAUAUACAUAGGCACAAGCAUACACAUAUACACGGUUCCGGCGUUAGUUAAGGGUAGGUGCUAUAGGGAGGAUCCCGUAAGAGUUUUUUUAUUGUUGUUAUUAUUUUUAGGGCACUUUAUCCUUAGCAACAAGGAAACGGUCUCCGUGGUUGGCGACGAUAUUUCCUCGAGAUACCCAGCAGCCCCGAGCUCGCAAAUGGUCCCAUAGACGAAUAUGAGGAGAGUUACCCAGUAGCCCGCCGGCCCUGGGGCGGCCCAAAUCUUUGCUGGACCGCGCUCACCU